CGGCCUGGGUGGGCUGGAAGUAGAACCGCAAUGGCGGUCGUCGGCGGCGGCGGCGCUCGGAGGGACUCAGGCAGAGCGGCUGCGAAACCGGCCGCCCCGCUCCCUCUGUCAGACAUCGCAACCUCUGCCUCGCCAAAGCAAGCGCCAUCUUGGCUGGGCGAGCGGAGCGGCGCGGCGAGGCAGACGCAGGGGCGAGCCGAGAACCAACAGAAGGCCCAGAUUUUCCUGUAUAAGAGGACCUUUCUAUGGCAGCAGACUUACUUCAAAGUGAGAAUGGGAGUGGUGCAGAGCUGGCAAAGCCUCUACAUCUGCAGUACUUGGAACGUGCACUACGACUUGACCCCUUCCUGCGCCAAGCUGCAAAUGUAUUUAACAGACCUAUUUCUAGUGAUGAGAGUGAUGAUGGGCUUGAGGAGGCUCCCUCACAUUCUAAAACAAGUUGUGGAAACCUGAGCCACAUUAAGAAGGAACCUGUUGAUGAGGAUCUGGGAGAACAACCUGAAGUAGUGCAGAACAGAACUCUGACCACUCCACCUUCAAUCAAUGGUGCAUUUCAUCCAGCAGAGCUUAAAAUUGAGAAGGGAAACAUAUACAAUUUCAGCAAAUUGAAGAAAAGCAGAAAAUGGCUGAAGAACAUUCUCUUGAGUAAUGAGACAUCAGACUCAAACACUGAUGUUGAUGAUCCCGAGGGGGAAUUCACCCUCAGCAAAGAAGAGUUGCAUGAUAUGUUACGUCUGCAUAAGUACAGAAAAUUGCACCAGAGCAGAGUGCACAGCAUCAGAGAGCUCCAGCAGUACCAAUACUACAGCACUGGACUGCUAUCCAUGCAUGACCAUUUUUACGAGCAGCAACGCCAUGUCCUAGGUCCUAGCAGGAAGAAGAAAAAAGAAGAGAAAAAGAUCAAGGCUAAACUAAAGAAAGUGAAGAAGAAGAGGAAGCGUGAGGAGGAGCAUUCUUCUGAAGAAUCCCCACGGAGGGCAGAGAUGAAAAUAUUUGCCAAAUUCUCCCAUGAUGCUCCUCCCCCAGGUUCAAAGAAAAAGCACCUUAAUCUGGAGCAGUUGAAUGCACGGCGACGCAAGGUGUGGCUCAGUAUUGCAAAAAAAGAGGUUCCUAAGGUUUACAAGCAGAAAUCCUCAGCACGCAACAUGGUUCUCACCAACACCAAGAAGCUGGCACACCAGUGUAUGCGAGAAGUUCGGAGGGCUGCCAUCCAGGCACAAAAGAACUGUAAAGAAACGCUGCCAAGAGCUCGCAGGCUGACCAAAGAGAUGUUGUUGUACUGGAAAAAAUAUGAUAAAGUGGAGAAGGAACAUCGGAAACGGGCAGAGAAAGAAGCCCUGGAACAGCGGAAACUGGAUGAAGAGAUGCGUGAGGCGAAAAGGCAACAGCGGAAGUUGAAUUUUCUAAUCACGCAAACAGAGCUGUAUGCACAUUUUAUGAGCCGGAAGCGAACGCCUGGGAAUGAUGCAUUGCAGGAAGAAAUCUUGAUGAAGCUAGAUGACAAUGUAAUGUACAGACAGAUUGACAUAGGAGGUGGUGUUAUGGUUAAUGUCAGUCAAGAGGAUUACGAUAGUGAAUAUUAUAAAGCACAGGCACUGAAGAAUGCAGAAGAUGCUUUUCGAGUGCAACAGGACAGAACCCGACUAUUUGAUGAAGAGGCAAAGGAGAGCCGCAUGGCUGCACUUCGUGCAGCUAAUGAGUCUGGGACAGGCUUUGGGGAGAGUUACAGUUUGGCUAACCCCUCCAUUCGGGCUGGUGAAGAUAUCCCUCAACCUUCUAUGUUCAAUGGCAAACUCAAAGCCUACCAACUGAAAGGCAUGAAUUGGCUUGCUAAUCUCUAUGAACAGGGCAUUAACGGAAUCCUUGCUGAUGAAAUGGGGCUCGGUAAAACAGUGCAGAGCAUUGCUUUCUUAGCACAUCUAGCGGAGAGAGAAAACAUCUGGGGUCCAUUCUUGAUCAUCUCUCCUGCUUCUACUCUCAACAACUGGCACCAGGAGUUCUCCAGAUUUGUUUCAAGAUUCAAGGUCCUGCCUUACUGGGGCAACCCGCAUGACAGAAAGGUGAUCAGGAAGUUCUGGAGUCAGAAAACAUUGUACACACAAACUGCACCUUUCCAUGUGGUGAUAACCAGUUAUCAGCUGGUGGUUCAGGAUGUGAAGUACUUUCAGCGGGUGAAGUGGCAAUAUAUGGUGCUGGAUGAAGCACAGGCACUUAAAAGCAGUUCCAGUGUUCGUUGGAAGAUUCUGCUUCAAUUCCAGUGUCGCAACCGACUGCUGCUCACAGGAACCCCCAUUCAGAACACUAUGGCAGAGCUGUGGGCGCUGCUACAUUUUAUCAUGCCAACACUCUUUGAUUCACAUGAUGAAUUCAAUGAAUGGUUUUCCAAGGAUAUUGAAAGCCAUGCUGAGAAUAAAUCUGCCAUUGAUGAAAACCAGCUGUCUCGUCUCCACAUGAUUCUCAAGCCCUUCAUGUUAAGGAGGAUCAAGAAGGAUGUGGAGAAUGAGCUCUCUGAUAAGAUUGAGAUACUAAUGUACUGCCAAUUGAAAAGCAGGCAGAAGAUGCUCUAUCAGGCUUUAAAGAACAAAAUUUCCAUUGAAGACCUACUACAGUCAUCCAUGGGAACCACUCAACAGGCCCAGAAUACCACCAGCAGUCUCAUGAACCUUGUCAUGCAAUUUCGAAAGGUCUGUAACCACCCAGAACUAUUUGAACGGCAAGAGACUAAAUCACCUUUUCACAUGUCUCUGAAACCUUACAACAUUCCAAAGCUUAUUUAUAGAGAUGGGCAGAUUAACCACUUCAAUCACUGUCGCAACAGAUGGUUACGAGUCAUUCUGUCCCCAUUUUGUCCAGCUCACAUCCACCAGUCUCUCUUCCAUAGAAAAGGGAAUGAUGAAGGAAAUUGCUUUUCUUUUCUGCGUUUUAUAGACGUUUCGCCUUCAGAAAUGUCAAAUAUCAUGCUUCAAGGGAUGCUUGCAAGGUGGUUAGCUCUUUUUUUGUCACAGAAAGCUUCUUACAGGCUCCACCAUGUACGUAGUUGGAGUGAAUGUGAAGUGAAGAAUCAGGCCCUGAACAGUUCUGAUAUGAUCAUGUGGGUUGAUUCUUGUACAUCUUUCCCCAAUGUUCACAACAGUAGAAUUUUCCAGGAUCUUUGUUUUACUGGAUAUUGCAAAGCAUUUAUCAGCCACAAUCAUCACCGUAUUCAUCGACGGAAAUCUGCUACCUCAACCGUCCGCCACAGUCAGCCUACAGAAAUGCCAGCCUUCCUGUACAGCAGCAUUCCCAGGGUGACUGCAGUCCCACGUGAUAUCUACUGCUGUGAUAGAAGCGCAGAGUAUGAACGUCGACUGAUGAGAGAAGGAGGCCAACUUACAGCCAAACAGUGCCUCCUGUAUGGAACCCCACAACUAGCACUUAAUUGGAAAAAUCAGCUAUCCUCUUUUUUCCCUGAAGAUCCUGGGGGUUUGUUAGCUGUUCAGUUCAGACAUGGCUGGUCUUUUAUUAGGAUCCCUGACAAAGAAAGCCUGAUUACAGACAGUGGGAAGCUGCAUACUCUUGACAUCCUCCUGACACGCCUGAAAUCUCAGGGUCAUCGUGUGCUCAUUUACUCCCAGAUGACACGGAUGAUUGAUCUACUGGAGGAGUACAUGGUUUUCAGGCAACAUACUUACAUGAGGCUGGAUGGUUCUUCAAAAAUCUCUGAGAGGCGGGAUAUGGUGGCAGACUUCCAGAGCAGGACGGAUAUCUUUGUCUUCCUUCUCAGCACCAGAGCUGGCGGCCUUGGCAUCAAUUUAACAGCUGCUGAUACAGUUAUAUUUUAUGACAAUGAUUGGAAUCCGACAGUGGAUCAACAGGCUAUGGAUCGAGCUCAUAGACUGGGUCAGACCAAACAAGUAACUGUAUAUCGACUCAUCUGCAAGGGAACGAUUGAGGAACGAAUCUUGCAACGUGCCAAGGAAAAGAGUGAGAUUCAGCGAAUGGUCAUUUCUGGAGGAAACUUCAAACCAGACACACUUAAACCAAAGGAGGUGGUCAGCUUGUUGCUGGAUGACGAGGAACUGGAGAAGAAAUUGCGUCUGCGACAAGAGGAAAAGCGGAUACAAGAAGAAUCAAAUAAAGUGAAAGAUCGAAAGAGAAAACGAGAGAAGUAUGCAGAAAAGAAGAAGAAGGAGGAUAGUGAGAAUGCAAUGAAGAGGAGGAAAGAUGGCUGGAAUAUGUUAACACCUUCGUUAGCAUCUGCUGAUAACUCCAACAUGUCCUCAGGAAACAUGUCAGCAGACGGAGAGGAAUCUUUCAUUAGUGUGGAUUCAGCUAUGCCCAGCCCUUACAGUGAGAUAUCAAUGAGUAGUGAACAGCACACGGGAUCUAUUGCACCCGAUGAAAGCAGCAGUGACCUUGUGAUUGUGGAUGACCCAACAUCAGCCUCUCAAUCCAGAGCAACCAAUUCUCCAGUCUCCAUUGCAGGCUCAACUUCAGAUCACAUGAACGGUGUUUCGCAAGACAAGUCUGGUUCCAGCAUGGGCCCUUCAGGCAGGGGCAGGGGACGUCCAAAAGGAUCUGGGACUACAUCAAAGAGUUCAGGAAAGAAUCGAGGGAGAAAGUCCACUGCUGGUAGUGCAGCAGCAAUGGCAGGAGCCAGGGCAGGGGCCGCAGCCGCUUCAGCUGCUGCAUAUGCAGCAUAUGGGUACAGUGUGUCCAAAGGUAUGGCAAAUAGCGGCCCAGGACAGUCUCCUCUUUCCCGGCCAACUAGCAGCAGCACAUUUGGAAUGAUGAGCACGUCCCCAAUGGGCUCACCGCACAGCCUGUCAAACAGUGUGCCAGGAACACCACAAACCCCAGCCGACACUAGCACACCUGCUCUAUCACCUGGCAAGAAAGGCAGCAGGGGUCUGGUUCAGCCUCCUUCAGCUGGGGGCCGGUAACCACCAACAUUAAUGUAGUUGGUGGUGGGGGUGCCGGGCGGGAGGGAGGGGUGGUGGGGGUGUCACAAAUUUCAUAUGUAAGGGUUUAAAAUUUAAAAAGCCUAAUAAGCAAAAUCAUGGAAAAAGCCUUUUCCUCUGAAUGAUGUGUACAUAAUGUUUACCAUGAGAGCACAGAUUCUUUGUUUGUUUUUUUUGAAUGUGCUAUUUUUUUAUCGAUGAACUUGUAAAUAUGUACAAAAAAUGGAAAAAAUCAAACAGAAACUGCUAUCUUUUACUAACCCAACAGAGGCUUGUGAGAAUCCAGCUGAGUGAUGAAUAGUAAUUUUAUGAAGAGAUUGUAUGUGUGUGAAUUUUUACUAGUUUCCAGUGCUGAAAGGUAAACAUUCUGAUGUCCAUGUGUUUAAUUUGCAGAGGUAUUAGCCAGUUGCCCUUGAGAACAGAAGCAUCAUUUGCCCUGUGUCACCCUCCAUGCUGCCUCCUUUCCACAACUACGUGUUACUGUUCAGUUCAGUGGUGGCGCUGUUCCCUCCAACUGCUAAGAGAGGCUUCCAAAUGCAUAUCACAGCAUUUAUUGCUGUCUGAUGUGCUAGUGGUCUCUACUGCUUUGAUUGUAACUCCCAGGCUGUUCACAAGUAUUUGUAAGUUGCUAGGACAGGCAGAACUUGGCAACUAUCAAUUCAUGUAGGGAUGUUCCCUGACAUAGUGCUGCUGCCUGGUGUUUCAAUAUACUUUAAUACGUGUUGAUUCCUGCAGAUUACCCCUCAGGUUUCUGACCUUUCCUGCAUGCCAUCAAGAAGAGCCCAAUUGUGCACAGAUAGCACUGUGACACAGCUUUAGCUCUGGUUGUAUACAGGAGUUUCUUUACCUGUUGUUUUUCCCUCUCUCCCUCUGUGAGUACCCAUUCCUGGACCCUCUGGCACUCAAUCCACUUUCUCUGGCAUUCUGUCUACUCUCCACUCUUUGUUCUCUCUCUCAUUUUGACCCACUUCAAAGGUCUUGCUGUUUGUUCUCCUUUUUGUUUCCGAUUUGGCUUCUUUUCCUUGUUAUGAGCAAAAGAAAAAUAUGCAAUAUUUUAAAUGAUGUGUUUUUAUGAAUGUUAAAAUCUGGAGCAUGUGCAGUGAAUGCUGCUGCUCAUUUGAAUCUGUUGUCCUCUCAGUUGCCACCCUUGGUGUUGCCUUUCAUCCCUGGUAGAACGCCAGGGUAGUUUUUCCAUCCAGUGGAAUGGAUCUGUUGAAAGAUUUAAUGUAUAAUUUAGAAGACAUCGUUCUGCUUGUACGGGCAGCUCUGUGAGAUAUGCUGCAACAGCCCUCAUCACCACCCCUCCCCCAUACAGAAGCUCUCCAUUUGUUUAAGGAUAGAGUAGAACCUGAACAGAAUUAAUCCUUGGAAGGCGCUUGUCUUUUAAAACAUCCAGAGGACAAUUGACAACAGAGGACACUAAAAUUAUGACUCUUGUCCCAUACUUCAGGUUACAUUCCACUUCCACUCGCAGUACAAGUCAAGUACAGAAUCUUCACUGUAAGGCAUCUCUGCUUUCUCAUGGGCAAGCACAUGCUUUUUCCUUUUCCUUUGGCCAAGUAUUGAACGGUGCCUGUUGAGGUGGGAUGUUUAACAGGGAUCCUGGUACCCUGUUCCAAAUGGCCAUGCUCUGUUUAUUCUGGUCUGCUGAUAAUACACACAUUAUAUCUCUGUAUUCCAACACUUGCAUGUUCUGUUUAAAACUUGGUCUACUCGCUUAAAACUGGGUGUUGAGUCAGGGAAAUAGUUUUUAACUCUGUAUUGGCCUGUGCAGAGAUUCAGCUUGUGGCCCAGAGAACAAAGUGGGGAUGUUUUGAGGAGGAUGCAUGGAGGAAGGGGGCCUGAAGGGUUAUAUGUGCAAUGUAUGCAGUACUAGUUCUCAGAAUCAGUUCUUCCCUGCCCACCUCCACAUUGUGGGUUGGUUGACUGAUUUGUUUUACUGCACCCCCAUAACUUAACACAAUCAGUUAAUGAAAUCACACAUGAUUUGUGUUUGACUUUAGCAAGACUGAUUCAGGUACAAACUGUGUCACAAUAAAAUCAGUGUCU